AUGGUUCACGUAAAGGAGAGACAAACUGCAUCGGUAUUGUCAUCUAAAAUACUAGAUUUGUUGGCCGAAUAUAAUGUUCCCGUUGACCAUAUUUGGUCCGUCACUGUCGACAACGGGGCCAACAUGUUGGCAGCAGUCAAAAAGCUCCAAAAUGAAAUACAAAUAGCAAUCAUUGAGACAUUGGAAGAUGACGAUAUGGACGACCUCGAACCCCAAUUUGACAUAACGGCUGCGCUGACUGCAGAGCUGCAAGAGCGAAUCAAUCUUGUUAGAUGCGCAGUACAUACUCUGCAGUUAGCUAUUCUAGACGUUGUUGAUAAAUCGCACCCUAAGGUCAGCAGUUUGACCGAUCUGGCAAAAAAGGUGAAAAAUAUCAAAUAUAAAACCAACUUUGAUCACCAUGGGGCAUCACAUCCUCCGAUCUGGAGCCAAACUCGAUGGGGAGGAAUUUUUGAGAUGGUUCAGUCCUUCCAUUCCCAAAAAUCGUUUUUUGAGCAGCUGGCUAUUCAGUUUCCGGAGCUCGAUCUCUCAAAUCAUUGGAGUUUCAUCGACAGCUAUUACGACGCUUUUAAACCUUUGUACCUGUGUACAAAAAAAAUGCAGGAGCAUCAUGUUUCGCUGUCCGACUUUUAUAUUGCUUGGUUAAUGGCAAUGAGCGAGGUUCGUAAAUGCACGGUGAACUCAUUUGUCCCUGCUUUACUCAACUCGUUAAAGACGCGGUUAUCAGCUCUAAGGAACUCAAGAGCUUUUAAGAUUUCCCUUUACCUGGAUCCACGAAUAAACUACCAUGGAUCUACAUUUUUCUCACCUCAGGAGAAAGUUGAAAUCCAGGGGUACAUCAACGAAACGUGGCAGCGGAUUCGACAACUCCAGUCGACGUCAUUAACCCCAAACAUGACUAAUGAAGCUUUCAUCGAAUCCGAAAACAACGAUGAUUUCGACGCAUAUCUCACCGAAAUGUUUGGAGGAUCUGUGGAUACGGAAAGCAGUAGUGAAACGAAGUUUUUACAACAACUGCAAUCACUAGAUUUAGAGCCUCGACAAAACCACAGUUUUGACAUUUGGAAUCACUGGGUUAGUCGGAAAACGACGCACCCAGAGCUGUAUGCAGUGGCCAUGGUGGUACUGGCGACUCCUUCCAAUCAGGUGUCUGUGGAGAGAUCAUUUAGUGCCCUUGGUCUCAUUUUAACUAACCGUCGAACAAAUCUUGGAGAAAAUACCUUAAGCAAUAUUUUGAUGGUUAAGCUGAACAAAGAUUUGUUCCAAGAAGCAAUUUCCUCAGCUUAUAAUUGGAAAGAUCUUAAUCGUUGA